AUGGCAGCCGGCAGUGCCGCUGCCGCACCCGUGGCUGCCGGCACUGGCACCCUCCCGGCGGAUUUCGACGCGGCCGGUUUCGAGAAGAUCGCCAAGCAGGUGUUCAUCCGCCUGCAGGCUGCCAACGACGCCGGCGAUCAGGCCGACCUGCGCCGUUUCACGACGCCUCAGAUGUACGCGAGCAUCCAGCAGGACCUGCUGGAGCGCGGCGGCCAGGCCCAGCGCACGGAGGUGCUGCAGCUGGAUGCGCGCGUCGUCGACGUCGCGACCGAGGAUGGCCAGCAGGUGGUGUCGGUCCGCUUCUGGGGCCUGAUCCGCGAACAGAGCGAGCAGGCGGCCACCGACUUCGACGAGAUCUGGCACCUGGUGCAGGCCGGCGAGGGCUGGCUGAUCGCCGGCAUCCAGCCAACGGCAUGA